UGGAAAAUUUCACACUUUUCUACUUUAAUGCUUUUGGACUCGUGUGUGUGUGUGUGUGUGUGUGUGUUGUUUCUGCCGUGUUUCUUGCCAUUCCUCCUCCCUCUCCUCCUCUCCUCCCGCCUCCCUUCCCUCCCUCCGUGUUGUUUGUUGUUGGGCUUUGCUGCUUGGCAAGUAUACCUUUUUGGUUUUCUUGGUUUUUUUAUAUAGUUUUUUGCACAGCACUACACACACACACAGGCAAAUGUCUCACACACUUCAAGGCUCGUUUGCUAGAACGGGACAUUUACCAACAACAACAUCUCCCCCUCCCACAGAGUCCACUCGCACUCUUCCUACUGCUUGGCAUUCUCAUCACUUGCACCCUCAUUAUCCUCCUCCUCAUCCUCAUUAUUAUCACUCCACGACUUUGGCUCACCCACCCACCACCACCACCACAAGCGCAACAGGGACCUUGCCAUCCCCGACACCCUCCUCACACGAUCCUCCUCAUCUUUAUCACUUGACAGGAUCUCUGCCUCACCAUCAUCCUCGUCCAUACCGCAAAUCACAGGCCCGCUACUCCCGCCCAUCAUCAUCAUCAUCAUCAACGCUUGCCAUUGAUUCGCACGGCCCUGAUCGUCCUGCCAUACACACAAGAAUGCCCUUGACAAUGGGUGACCAUGCACAAGACAAUACGCUUGUUGAACAACAACAACAGGCCUAUGCUCGCUCCGAUUCGGGUUUUGUCGAUGGGUAUCCGCAAAAGGGCAAGCACUCUACCCUCCUGAGGACCGUCGAUCGUCUCUUGAAUGAGCUCGAAGAUUGCAUGGACGAGCUCCGUGACGAUGACAAGGAUGAAAAGGAGGGUAAUGGGAGAGCGGCCUACUCGAACAAUGGCGAGCCCAGGUCAGCAAGAGACUCGGUGUCGAGAGACUCUGUUUCAAGAGACUCGACGGGACAGGACGCCCACGCUCGUCGAUCCUCCCGGGAUGCCCUCGUUCGCGUCAGCAAUGCGGGCUGGACACACAUGCGCACACCCUCGUUUGACACAGUCAGAGCCUCUCACCAAACCCACUCUUCCUCCUCCUCUUCUUCUCGCACGUCCCGCCUCUCCAAAUCCUUUGAUUUGAGCCGUCCCCCCCGCUCCGCGUCCCGGGCCUCCAUCUCCCUGUCUUCCUCCUCCCGCCCGUCCUCGUCAGCCGCUCACUCUUCUUCUCGCUCCAGUGUCCACAGCAGCACCGUCUCAUCCUCGCCCUUUUCGCCCCCUAAAACCCUCGGCACGCUCUCCACGUUUCCCAACGCCCAUCACGGCCCCGUCCAAAAACAAUCGUCUUCGCUCUUUAAACCCUGGAAAUCCCGCUACGCCGUCCUCGUCCCUCCCAAACUCUACCUCUUUAAAACCCCCCACUCAUCAGAACUUCCCUCGAUUGUCUUGGACGUUACGCCGGGUGGAACAAGGGUAUCCGAAAAGGGCGUCUGGGUAUUAGACGUCUCGGGCCGAGUGACGUUGGGAGAUGGCGUGUUUGUUCCAGUGACCAAAGUGGAGCGGGUGUGGAGGGUCAUGUUGAGUGGUCGGGAGGAUAUGGUCAAGUGGUUGGAGGCGUUGAGGAAUGUUGGGCAUCCAGAGCGUUACGCUGAUUAUCACGCUGAGCAGAGUGUGGAACGACCCUCCCGCUCUGUUGAACGCUCCCGUGAGCGCUCUGUUGACCGCCAUGAACACCGACAACGUCGGGAUCCCUCUCGCGGCCGACCCGCACACAACAACAACCACCCCCCCACGCUCUACCUCCCGCCCCGCCCCCGCUCGGCCCUAUCAAGAACCCCAUUCAUAUUGGAAUACGGAUGAUACCCGCGUGCAGCCGUUGGAUCAAGGCGAUCGGGUGUUACCGCCUUUGAUGCCUCCGCCGGGUGUUCCACUUCCUCCCAUUCCCGAUGUAUAGCAAAGAUGAUGGCAUGUCCCUCAUGGAAUUGUCCGAUUUAGGUAUUGGGGGUUGGGACUUUUAAUUGUUGUUGUAGGACAUGUUGUAGUAGGACAUGAUUGUACAUGUUAUCUUCUAGCUUUGGAUAAUGGGUUUUAGUGUGUGUUUGUUUGGUUUAUACCCACUCUCGCUCCUUUUUUGAGCGCUGAAAAACCUCAUACUGUAAAACCUCAUGCUGUAUGUGUAUUAGAGUGUUGUGUAUCGAGGAAGGGUUUGGAAAGUAUGGUGAAUAGUCGAUUGAUUCAGCUGCAUUGUUAAAUGGGGCAAGAUUUUGGAAAAAAAGAUGUGGUGGCCUCAGUCUCUAGUGGUGUAUUUGUCAACAACAAUGUCAAGGCGGGAUGUGCGAGCUGUGCUUAAUUGUCUGCAAAAGGAGGUGGGAUGUGCGAUGUGAUGAACUGUCGCCAAAAGCAAUGUAUU